CAGAGUUUGUAUGAAACAAAUUUCAACAAAGAGAAGAGAAAAAAAUGGGAGAGCAAGCGAAAGCAAAUGUGUUAGUCUUCUCAUUUCCGAUACAAGGACACAUAAACCCUCUCCUCCAAUUCUCAAAACGUCUACUCUCCAAAAACGUUACCGUCACAUUCCUCACCACUUCCUCCACCCACAACUCCAUCCUCCGCCGUGCCAUCGCCGGCGGAGCCACCGCUCUUCCGCUCUCUUUUGUCCCCAUAGAUGAUGGCUUCGAGGAAGGUCACCCAUCCACCGAUACAUCACCCGAAUACUUCGCCAAGUUCCAAGAAAACGUAUCUCGAAGCCUCUCGGAACUUAUCUCCUCGAUGGAACCAAAACCAAACGCUGUCGUUUACGACUCGUGCCUGCCUUAUGUUCUCGACGUUUGCCGGAAACAUCCCGGCGUUGCUGCAGCGUCGUUUUUCACUCAGUCCUCCACCGUGAACGCAAUCUAUAUUCAUUUCUUGCGUGGAGCGUUUAAGGAGUUUCAAAACGAUGUCGUUUUGCCUGUGAUGCCUCCAUUGAAGGGUAAUGACUUGCCCGUGUUUCUGUACGAUAACAAUCUCUGCCGGCCGUUGUUUGAGCUCAUUAGUAGCCAGUUCGUGAAUGUCGACGACAUUGACUUCUUCUUGGUUAACUCUUUCGACGAACUCGAAGUCGAGGUGCUACAAUGGAUGAAGAACCAAUGGCCGGUCAAGAACAUAGGACCAAUGAUUCCAUCAAUGUACUUAGACAAACGGAUAGCAGGCGACAAGGACUACGGGAUCAACCUCUUCAAUGCCCAAGUUAACGAAUGCCUUGAUUGGCUUGACUCAAAACCGCCAGGUUCAGUGAUCUACGUGUCUUUUGGAAGCUUAGCCGUCUUAAAGGACGAUCAAAUGAUAGAAGUCGCGGCUGGUCUAAAACAAACUGGCCAUUACUUCUUAUGGGUUGUCAGAGAAACCGAAACAAAGAAGCUCCCAAGCAAUUACAUAGAGGAAAUUGGCAUUGAGCUUAGGAGUGGCUUUGAUUGGAUGCCGGCUUAUAGCGAACAACCGACUAAUGCUAAGUUUAUAGAAGAUGUGUGGAAGGUUGGGGUUAGGGUGAAGGAAGAUCAAAAUGGGUUUGUGACGAAGGAAGAGAUUGUGAGAUGUGUUGGAGAAGUUAUGGAAGAUAUGUCGGAGAAAGGGAAGGAGAUUAGAACAAAUGCUCGGAGAUUGAUGGAGUUUGCAAGAGAAGCUUUGUCUGAUGGAGGAAAUUCUGAUAAGAAUAUAGAUGAGUUUGUUGCUAAAAUUGUGAGGUAAAUUGAUGGUAUGAUCAAUUCUAUGAUGCUAAUUAAUAAUGUGUUUUUUU